AUGGGGGCGGCGCGUCUUAGUGGCGGCGCGUCCUGGCGGCGGCGUGUCCUGGCGGCGCUCGCAUGGGGCGGGAGCGGCGGAGCCGGCGGCGGUGGACGGCGUGGCGCGUGGCAGUGCUCGGGCAGGAGCAGCGAAAGCCGGCAGCGGCGGACGCGGUUCCGGCGGCACUCCUAUAGGAGCGACGGAGCCGGCGGCGGUGCGACGCACGGCUGCGCUCCGGCGGGGGUGACAGAAGCCGGCGGUGGUGCGGCGAGGGCGGCGCUAGCGGUCGCUUCGAGCGACGGCGGCGGUGGGAGGUGCAAGGCCCACCGCAGGAGCUGGCGGGGGUGCAGCGGCGCCGCUCCGGGAGGUGGUCGGAGGGGCCGGCGUCAAAGCGCGACGUGA